CUUUUUAAUAUCUCCAUUCUGUUUGAAAUGACUUAGAGCUGAUUCCCUCGCUUAUACUCCAUUUACAUACUCCUGCUCAAUCACUGUGUCUUUCCAUCACAAACUUUCACAUUAUCAUGAAUGUUGAAUUACCCCAGCAGCAGCCGCUGCAGCCGCGCCUACUCCCUCGUGUGCCUAACUCGAUGAAAGAGGGCAAUGUUGGUCUGUAUCUGCCAUCCGUGGUGACCCUUGGUGCACCUGCUGCUCAACCAGAAUCAUUAGAUGUAUUGCAGCAACCGCUGGUUCAGCGGAUGAAGGAUGAUUUUGUAGACAGGAUUUGUCUUGUUGGAGGAGAAGAUCGCCGCCCACAAAUUCGAGACCGGAUUAGGCAGCACAUGCAGCAAAUAAGGGAUUUCUACGGCGGAUUACAAGACCAAGAUGAAGAAGUUAUUACUGAAGACAUGCUUACAAAAGUAUGCACUCUGGUAUGUAUGUUGGAACAAAGUAACGAAGUCUCUCGAAUCAUACUUCAUCGCAUUGGAUUGGGUGGUUUGGUUUUUUCUAUGCGUGAUAUGUUUAUGUUAGAGAACCAAAUUCCAUUGUUUCUCAUCACCUUUGUUGCCGAAAACCAUCGAGUUCUGCUGAGGGAACACUUAAGCGCCCAAGUAUACGGAGAUAACAGCUUGGUCGAUCUCCCAUGGGCUGAUGAAUUGGAGUCGAUGCCCUUUCAUUACUUGGAAGCGGCCUAUCUCGUUUAUGUCUCUCGUCUGCCUGGUCUCAACCAACAAGCCAUAGGUCCCAAUCAGCAAGCCGGAGCUCCGAAUCAACAAGCCGGAGUUCCCAAUCUGGUGCACGACCUUAGAUUCAGACCUAACCGUUCUGCGACAAGUUUGGUUCGGAAAGGAAUCAAAUUCCGUCGAAGCACCAGAUGUUUGAGGGAUAUCCAAUUUCGUCCGGGGUGCCUAUCUGGAGUUCUUGAACUCCCCUUCUUUUGUGUCACAAGUGACACCAAAAUAUUGUUUACUAAUCUUAUUGCAUACGAGCUUUCUCCUAACUCCUAUACUGAUUAUUGUAUUACUUCCUAUGUGAGUUUCAUGAAAUCUCUUCUAGAAACUACAGAUGAUGUGAAGUUAUUGAGGGAAGCCCACAUACUAUCUUGUAUGAUGGCCAAUGAUGAAGAAGUUUUGGAUGUCUUCACGAGUAUUGAAACGUUUGGGGUCUACAACAACAAUCUUUUCCGGGCUGUGUAUGCGCGCGUAAGGAGACAUUGUGCUAGUGAAAUGAAUACUUGGUAUGCAACUUUUAAAAGUGCAUAUGUGUUGACUCCGUGGAAGAUUGUUUCGCUAUUAGCUGCCAUUUUCGUUAUUGGUCUGUACAUUGUUCAGACUGCAUGUGCAGUUCUAUCCUUAAGAAAAUGAACCUCUGUAUGUUGUAAUGUUUUUUUUGAAGGAGGGCUAUUGUAUUGGAAUCUUCUGAUGGGCAGUCCCUUGUACAAUGUGUUACCUCCUCUAUGGUUGAUGAGUACUUGUGUUUUUUCUGUGAGUGUAGGGUAGGGGGAAGGUGUUCAUGUUUGACUAUUGUAAUCGAAUGAAUUAUUAUUGCAAUCGCAGAUGUUAUUAUCUUGA